AUGGCAUACACUGGCCAGGGCCAAAAAGUACAGAACGUGAUGGUACAGCUCAUCAACCUCAUCUUCAGAUACUUACAAAAUAAAUCUCAGAUUCAGGUGUGGCUUUACGAGCAAAUGAACAUGCAAAUAGAGGGCUGUAUCACUGGUUUUGGUGAGUACAUAAACCUUGUAUUAGAUGAUGCAGAAGAGGUUCAUUCUAAAACAAUGUCAAGAAAACAACUGGGUCGGAUCAUGCCAGAAGGAGAUAAUAUUAUCCGGCUCCAAAUUGUCUCCAACUAGAAAUGAUCAAUGAAGUGAGAAGUUCUUGAGAAGGCCAUGUAGUUUGUUUGUUUUUAGAUGUCCUU